AUGAGAUUUAUGAUAGGAAUAGGUGUUAUUUAUGGAGUAGUUUUCAUUGCAUUAUCUACGCUUUGUGGAAGCACGCACACGGAUCCCGUUAUUAGGAGUCUCAAAUGGAACGAUAUCAAUUUUCUCCAUACUACGGAUACACACGGAUGGUAUUCGGGUCAUAUUAAUCAGAACCAGUAUAAUGCCGAUUGGGGAGACUUUGUAUCCUUUGUAACUCAUCAGCGAGAGAUUUCUCGUAAACAAGGCCAAGACUUUUUAUUGAUAGAUUGUGGUGAUAGGCAUGAUGGGAAUGGCUUAUCAGAUAUUACCACACCGAAUGGUCUAAAAUCUACCCCAAUCUUUAUAAAACAGUCCUACGAUAUCUUGACGAUUGGGAACCAUGAAUUGUAUCUUUUAGAGAAUUCCCAGAUGGAGUUUGAAGUUGUUGCGAAGCAUUUUUCGGAGGAAUAUGUGUGUUCCAAUGUAGAGUAUAAAUUGGCAAAUGGGACGUUUGUGCCCUUUGGGUCAAAGUACAGAUACUUUGAAACACCUGUUCAGAAAAAGAAAGUGUUGGUAUUUGGGUUUUUGUUUGAUUUCAAAAGAUUCAACAAGGGAACCAGAGUAACGUCUAUUGAAGAGGAGAUGAAUAAACUGUGGUUCAAAGAUACUUUACAACUAUUCCAGAACAAAGUAGAUUUGAUUAUCAUUGCUGGUCAUACACCUGUGGCACACGAAUGGCCCGAGUUCUAUGCUUUGCAUAAACGUUUACGACAGUUUUAUCCAAGUACUAUUAUUCAGUACUUUGGUGGCCAUAGUCAUAUUAGAGACUUUGUUGUAUUUGAUUCUAGAUCAACAGGUAUUCAAAGUGGUAGAUACAGUGAAACGGUAGGGUGGGUCAGUAUAAACAUGAGCCAUGUCGAGCUUCCUGAAAAGGAGAGGUUUGCAAGGAAAUACAUUGAUUUCAACAAAGAUUCAUUUCUCAAGCAUAGCAACAAAACAUCCAAAGCAGCGUUUGACACUCCUAAAGGAAGAGAAGUGACAAAGUUGAUCAAGUCAACAAGAGAAGAAUUAAAGUUGAAUAAUCUCAUUGGGACAGUGAGCAUGAAUUAUUAUGUGGAUUAUGUGCCAGUUGACCAUCCAAAAAGCAUUUGGAAUUUGCUCACCAAUCAUGUUUUACCUACAUUGCCUGGUUCAGGCGAAAGAUUAAUUAUUAUCAACACGGGAUCAAUACGGUAUGACUUGUAUAAAGGACCAUACACUGUAGAUUCACAGUUUAUUGUCUCUCCGUUUGAAAAUAAAUGGGUAAAUUUAACAGUCCCCAAAUCCGUUGCCACACGAGUUGUCGAAAAGUUAAACGAUGCUAGUUAUAUUUCAGCCUCGAGGUUGAAACCGCCACAGCAAUACGUGAAUAAUAAGAAUAUGUGGAAUUUUAACCAGGCUUCAUCUCAACAGCCUCUUCUUCUUCUUGAAGACAUAUCAAGCUCAAAAUCAAAAACAAGGCUCACAAAAGGUUACAUCACACAUGAUGAUUUUGGCUCUGAUGGUGACGAUACUUUGCAUAGGGGUGUAGUUAAUUUUAAAAUUCCCAACGUCGUCCAGAGCGUCCAAUUCGAGGAUGAGUCAGAUCACAACAUAGACUUGAUUUUCUACGACUUUAUCACACCCAAUGUUCUCUGGGCUCUAAGAGAGUUGAAAUACAGAGUGGAUAACAAAAAUCCUGAUGUUUAUUCCAAUGUUUAUUUGGGUGCAUUAUUGAACGAUUAUAUAAAACAAAACUUGGCCUAG